AUGACUAACGCAUCGGACACUUCGCCCGCGGAUGCUCCUGCAGUGGCAGCAGCAGCUUCUGCUCCUCCCGUGACUCCUAAGAGGGGCAGGCCCAAGAAGACCGCUUCGCCAAAGAAGGUCGCUUCACCUACGAAGGCAAAGAUGGAGGCUUCUCCUACUGGAGACGAUGCCUCCAGUGCUGCUUCUCCUUCCGCUACGGCCCAUGUCAAGUUCAACGAUGCUCUCAAGAAAGCAGCUAUUGCCAUGAAGAUGCGCGGCAUGACCACCAAAGCCAUCUCUGUAUCCCUCAAUGUCAACUACAAGACGCUCUGGAACUACAUCGACAGGGUGAUCAAAGCAAAGGUCAAGCUCGGAACACAGGACGGAGUCGUAGCUGAGGACAUGUCCGAAUCGGAGAAAAGGGAGUGCGCUCUCGCUCUCAAGCUCGUCGGCUGGUCGACCAAGGACAUCGCAGAGACGCUCGACAUCAACUACAAGACAAUCUGGAACUAUCUGGACAGGCAGCAGAAGGCCGGUGGUCUGCCUCCUGUUAUUCACGAUCCGGACAUGUAA